AUGACUGGUUAUGAUGAAGCACGGCAAUAUAUCCGUGAUAAUACCUAUCAAGAUUUUCAAAAUAUCAAUGUUUCACGUGUUCUGAAAGAUAUUACAUUCGUGAGGUUAAAUCUGGAAAAUAUUUACAUGAAUGAAGAAGAUGAAUUUAUCAUGGAAGUGAUCAGGAAGCGAUCUUUGUUUGGAUUUAUUCUGGAAUAUCAGUUUCCAUCAAUAGAUGCUGCAUCUACUUCACUGAAAGCAAGGGUUCGCGUACACGCAAAAUACUUUAAUGGCGAUAUGAUUCAUUUCCGGCAUAAACGGGUUAUACGCAUUAGAAUGAUUCCGGAAUUGGUUAAUUUAUGGAAACGAUCAUCGUUACUGUUAGCAGUUUAUGCAAAAUUAAACACAUUGGGAAAAUAUUCCAUUAAAAAACUGGGAAACUGUGAGGUGCCUUUGGAGGAACUUGUUAUCUCUCCUUUCAUUAUCUGUCGAGAUUUUCUGUUUGCUGGUCCCGGAUUUUCAGCUUCUGCUUUAAUAAAAAUUGAUCUUGGAUCACAUAUACGAUUGUUAAUGGAAAGACUAGAAUGGAUGAGAAAUGGUAGUUUACCGCAGAAUGGAUCAGCUACUCGUGACAGGUCGAGAUCUUCGUCUAGAAAAUCGAUUUACACUUCUGGUCGACAAAUAUCUCCAUUACCACAACGGCGUGCUUUCUCUUCAUCUCCACCUCGUGUGUUGAGACCAUUUCUUCCACCGCUGAAUCUUGGCAGUAGCACUCCACAAAAUACUCCGUUGUCUUCUCCUCAGCACGUUAACAUUCCACGUGCAACAAUACGUGAGCUUUGUUCAACAAGCCCAUCUUAUCGAAUCAAACUAACAGUUUAUUCGGCUCGUCGUUUGCCUCUUUCAUUCGAUUCCAGAGGUGAUGCUGUUGCACCAUCAACUUAUCUAACGGUGAUCGGAGAAGAUGGACGGACUUUGAGUUCACCAGUGCGUGCUGGAACCUUACAUCCAGAAUGGAACUGGACGGAAACAUUCAAUGUAUCGAGAAGUCGUCAGAACUUGGUAGUAAAAUUAUGGAAACGAUGUGUUGCUGGAUCAGAUAAAGUAAUUGGUUUUAUAUCACUCCAAUUGCCACCUACUGAUACGGGAAAGGCGGAAUACGAAAUGUCGGAUUUAUCGAUUUCAGACCAAGCACCAAUAAUUGCUCUCUCUCUUUCAUGUGAAACUCUUCCACCUGCUGGGUCAUACAAUGACACACCGCUGCUGGCUCCGUUAUCACCACCAAUACCGCCCAGGCCAUUUCCUUCUAUAACCUCUCCUCGAUUACAAAAAAUGACAAGAGAGGAAAUAUUCGAAAAACUGAGGAAAAACAUCUCCGAGUUGGAACGAAUGAUGGCACGACUAAAAUAUACCUGA